AAGCUGCUUGGACCGGGGACCUUACGGUCUUAAAGAGGCUAGCAAAAGAAGAUCCUCGGAUCCUUCAUUCUCCUUCUUUAUUAGGCGGAGACAACCCAUUACAUAUUGGUUGUAUGGCAGGUCACCAUGAUAUUGUCAAAGAGUUGAUAAUAAUGAAUAGAAAGCUUGCAUAUGAUCUGAAUGAAGACGGUUUAAGCCCACUUCAUAUCGCUGCAGCAAAUGGUGACUUCAAUAUCGUAAAGGAACUCGUGAUCAUCAACAAUAUGGUGAAAUUGUGUGAGAUUGAAGGAAAAGAUAGGUGCAUCCCUCUUCAUUGCGCAGUUAUUAAAGGUAGAUUGGAUAUAGUCAAUUUGUUGAUUGAAACUGACCCUGAAUCCAUAGAGAAGUCUACUGCUCAAGGUGAAACUGUUCUUCACUUAGCCAUAAAGAACAACCAAUUCAAGAGUCUGCAGAUUCUACUAGAUCAUCUCUAUCGAAUGGGCAAGUUCAAUUUACUCAAGAACAAAGAUGAGCAAGGCAAUACCAUCUUGCAUCUUGCCACUUCAAGGAAACAAUAUGAGGUGAUUCGCCUCUUACUUCCCAAGCAUGGAGUGCCAAUGGUGGAUGUAAAUGCAACGAAUGAAAAGGGUCAAACACCUCUAGAUGUAUUACUUAUGAAUAACAAUAAUGAGACCUCUAAUUGGUGUGAUAAAAGAAUGGAGGAAAUCCUAGUAGAAGCUGGGGCUAGAAAAGGUUUAGAUCAAUCAUCUCCAGCUGAGGUCUCAAGUGAGAUUUACUCCUCAUGGUACUCUUACUUCAAGUACAAAAUAGGAAGGGACUCUCCUGGAGAUGUUCGCAAUUGUCUUCUCGUGAUUGCAGCACUUAUCACAACCGCCACUUACCAAGCCAUCUUAAGCCCUCCUGGUGGCACAUGGCAAGACAACUCGUCUAUACAAUCUGGGAAUCAGCCCCCACAUAUUGCAGGUCGGCCGAUCAUGCAAACCUACACUCCAUUGUCUUACUACUUGUUUCUCAACUUCAACACAGCUGGUUUUUGUGCAUCUGUGUAUAUGAUCAAGUUGCUGACAUUCGGGUUUCCAUUAGUGCUAGAAUUGAAUAUUGCAUUGAUUGCCAUUGUGCUGACUUACCAAAUAUCACUUAUCACUUUCAAUCAUGAGGACUUCUUUCAAUUACCAACUUUAAUAGUAACACCCCCAAAAUAUGUGUCAAUUACAAUGGUAUGUUCUGCCAUGUUGAUGCCAAUUCUUAUGCCUAUAGUGUUUUGGCACUGCAGAAGGAUAAUAAGUAUUUGUGGGCUUAAGUUCAGCCGCGAGCCAAACCUUAAUCUAACCCGACUCUGAUUCUCGCUUACAUUUUUUACUAUUGGAGCAAAAGUAUUGUGAAAAUCAAUGUCAUCUACUUUGAUAAUAUCCUUUUACUACCAA